GGCACUGGAAUCCAGUCCAAAUGUUUUCCAUAUUAGUUCAGAGCCUUCUCUGUUUCCAAAUAGCAUACGAGCUGUGCUUAUGGUGAGAGGAGGCCUUGGCAGGGAGGGGAAGGGAAGUUGAGAGAGACAGACGGCAGGCAGGCUUAUCCACCCCAAACACUGCAACAGUAAAAGUCGAGCGUACAGAACGAGAAAAAAGAGGAGAAAUGGGGCAGGGGCAGAAAGGUUCCUCAGACAAGGAGGAAAAGAAGAAGAAGAAGAGAGAUGAAAGCCCAGCGCCAGAGGACAGCCAUAAGUGCCGAGUCUGUCGCUUCCCUCUGCUCGUCGCCCUGCUCCAGCUGCUGUUGGGGGCGGCCGUCACAGUCGUGGCCUUCCUUAUGUUGGCCAUCAGCCCCUCACUCAUGGCCCGGGAGACGCCACACUGGGCUGGAAUCAUUCUUUGUUUAGUUUCUAUCCUGGGCUUAAUCCUGUACUGUAUCAAUUACCACCCUGAUGAGAGAUCAUCUAUCCAGUUCAUUGCCAAGCUCCUGUACUUCGUCCUGUGUACGAUCGGCCUGGUCAUCUCAGUGCUGGUUAUUGCCUUCUCCGGACACCAUUACUCUCAGACCGGCAGCUUCAGGUGUCAGCAGGCGGGCGAGGACUGCGUGUGCAGACUGGAUCAAGAGGACCCAAUAGCUCGCACCUUCACCUAUGAGGGAGUCAGUGACUGCGAGGUGAUCACCGGGACCCUCACCCUCUACUUCCUGCUGCAGAUCAUUCUCAACCUGCUCCAAGCAGUGGUGUGUGCCAUCGGUGCCUUCAUCAUGUGGAAGCACCGCUACCAGGUGUUCUUCGCCGGCCUUCAGAUCGGCUCCUCCUCCUCCCAGUGGCAGAACGUUUAACACGCCCAUGACAGAGUUGAAAGAUGACUCUGGUCAGGGCGGAGGGUAAUACCUUCAGCGUGAGUGACGGGACAUGUGCCUUUUUGGUUUGUGCCUAAGCUUGUUUUCAUUGAUGUCAAUUUAUAUUAACCUUUUGUGAUAGUUUUUCUAUAAUAGCUUUUUGCACACAUUUUGUAUACCAUAUAAGUCAUAUUUUUUCCAGUUGGCAAUGUUAUAAUGUAGAUGAAGAGAUACAAUACAGCUGCUUUGCUUUGAGAAGUAAGUGUUCCACUUGUGACUUAUUCAUGUUUCUAAUUAUCUGGAUAUGUACUGCUCAUAUGCAAUAUGUUGACAAACUAGGUCACAACACUGAAACCACUUUAGUUCAUCUGUUAUGCACUUUUCCAAAAAAGUACACGUCUUGUUUUGGGUUUGAAUUAUUAAGAAUACAUAAUUAGUUGCUAUAUUGAUGCUUUACAGUAAGUCGCGCACUACUUUGUUGUCACAUUAUAGUUUGAAAAAUGUAAAUCAAUGGCAGAGUUUCACACAUUACACAUGUCAAGUAGAGCUUUUAUUCCGAUAGCAAACAUUUGUAAGACAUUUAUCUUAAUCAAAAAGUAGAUUAUUGCUUUUCAAUUACAACAUUUAUCAGAUUUAAGCACAUUUAACACACACAAAAGCAACUAGGUGGAUUCAACUAUAAAUAACCUGUUUUGUUUCCUAUGCAGCUUUGUAUAUUGCACGAUAAUAUAAAUAAUUAUUGGUGAAGUACUUUACAGCUGAUAGAAGAACCCCCUGUGAUAGAAACGGUCCAGUAAAAUGCACUAAGAACAGCUCCUGACAGCAGUAACACAAGCUGGGUGGUGUGCUCUUCGUGAGGCUGGAUCCUGACAUGAACUGGGCUGUGAAGGUAGAAGCCAGGCCAGCAGCCAGCAUGACUCAAACAGCCUGUAGGAGUCAAACUACUGCAGCCGCAAAGGGGGAGGGGGGGGAAGGGGCCGGGGGGAGGCAAGGGGGACUCAGACAGGCAGCUGCAUGGAGGAAACUAAAUAAUCUCGCUGUGUUUACGUUUCAGGUGUUUUCAUUUAGGUAUUACAGAACUGAAGGAGCGAAACAGCCAAAACAUUUGAGCUUUUCUUUUCUAAUAUGAUUUCCCCAUAGCAGAGGUUUUAUGUUGUGCUCACUCAUCUCAGUUGCUGACUGAGGCUAGCUGCCUAUACAUGCUCAGCAGAGUUUCCGCAGAAAACAAGAUGAAUGAAGUGCUCGGAAGCAGAAUGUAAUUAGUGUGCAAUCUGUUUUGUCAAAGAUUAAAAAAGGUUGAUUUAACGGG